AUCCUGCCCAAAUUGUAAGGUCCAGCAGAGCCAGUGGAGCUGGUGAAGAGGGACGCAAGCACCUUCCUAAUCCGUCCAUGAUGCGCUGGAGCGGAAAUAAGGCCCACAGCUUCGAAGCAGCCUGCUCCACUGCUUGACAGCAUUUUACGACACGAAGGGUAUAAGAAUCCACGUUUAUGGCCCGUGUGUGGUGUCAAGUGUACACAGAAGACAGCGAGUGAUUACUGGAAGCCAGCAGGGAUAAGAGCAAACGAAGAUGACACAGGAGGAGACGCGUUCCAUCGAAUACUACUACAAGGCCCCACCUGGUGUGAAUCCACAGUAUACGCUUUCACAAGAUUGGAGGAAAGCUGGGGAGAUUAUCGGCACUGCAUUCUACCCGAAUAAGUUCAACCAGCUCAUCACAGAGCACUGUUCUCUGGAGGAGAACGUCAAGGAGUACCAGGAGAGAGUCGAGCAUGUCAUGCAGAACAAUACGCUCUGUCUUCAGAGUGAUGACUAUAGUGCAGUUGCACUAUGGACACCACCUGAAUGGAGAAUCGUUCCAUACAGCAUUGAUUUGCACGGCCAUUUUGAGUUCUCUGAGGACGAGUUCAAGAGAUGUGCCGAGAAGUUCUUUGUAAGCUAUGGGAUCCCGUACUGGCAUCUGACCCUUGUUGCAAAGAAUGUAAAUUCGAACACCAAGGGCUCGGUGUCGAAGGUGAUGAAGCCAAUCCUGGAAGAUGCGAAGGAGAGAGGCAUCCCAGCCGCACUGGAGUGCAUCGACGAGAGAGCCAGACAGAUAUACGAGCACUAUGGGUUCAAGACCUACGAAAUCAUCAAGAUUGGUGAAGGUUCUGUAAAUUCACUAGGCGAGGAGCAGGAGGGUGGCGAGGGCUUGACAUUGUGGUAUAUGAUUUACAACUACGAUGAUAAGGAGCACAAGCCUUUGGAUGUUUGAAGCACUACAUAACUAGCAUUUAUAUGUGUGGCUCCUGUUGCUGCACCAUAUAUAAUCGCAUUUCCAAUUGAACAAUGUUGAGAAGCUGAGGUA